AUGUGGGAGCUCUUGGCUGUCUUGCUGCUCACCCUAGUUUAUUACUUUUGGCCCAAGAUAAGGCGCCCUGGUGCCAAGUACCCCAAGAGCCUCCCGUUCCUGCCCCUGGUGGGCAGCCUGCCUUUCCUCCCUCGACAUGGACAUCCUCACAUCAAUUUCUUCAAGCUGCAGAAAAAAUAUGGCCCCAUCUAUUCUUUUCGUCUGGGUACCGCAACUUAUGUGGUUGUCGGCCAGUACCAGCUGGCCAGGGAGGUGCUCAUCAAGAAAGGCAGAGAAUUCUCCGGGCGACCCAAUGUGCUAACUCUGGCAAUGGUGUCAAACAACCAAAAAGGCGUCGCCUUUGCCGACAGUGGUCCCCACUGGCAGCUACAUAGAAAGCUGGUGCAGGCUGCGUUUACCCUGUUCAAGGACGGCCACCAGAGGCUAGAGAAGAUCAUACUUAAGGAAAUCAGCUCAUUAUGUGAUUUCCUGGCCAACCAGAAUGGACAGUCUAUAGAUAUAUCGUUACCUGUCUUCCUGGCUGUGACCAACAUGAUCUCCAUGUUCUGCUUCAACUCUUCCUACACGUAUGAUGAUCCUGAUCUGCAUGUCAUAAAAAUGUACAAUGAAAUCAUCCUGGAGAAUCUGGACACCCACAGUCUGGUGGAUAUCUUCCCCUGCUUGAAGAUUUUCCCCUUCAAAUCCCUGCAAAUGAUGAAGAAUGCUGUUAAAAUACGAAGUGAACUGAUGCAUAAAACCAUAGAAGAAUACAAGGAGAAAUUCAGCAGUGACUCUAUCACUAACCUGCUAGACAUACUGAUCCAAGCCAAGAUGAGCUCAGACAAUAACAAUGAUGGCCCAGACCAGGAUUCAAAGAUGCUUUCUCAAGAACACAUUAUUGCCACCAUGAUGGACAUCUUCGGGGCUGGUGUGGAGACCACUACCUCUGUGAUGAAGUGGACUGUGGCCUUCCUGCUGCACAACCCUCAGGUGAAGAAAAAGAUCCAGGAGGAGAUUGACCAGAACAUAGGUUUUAGUCGCACACCAACUCUGAGUGACCGGAACCACCUCGUUCUGCUGGAGGCCACCAUCCGAGAGGUGCUACGCAUCCGACCUAUAGCUCCCCUCCUCACCCCCCACAUGGCUUCCACUGACUCCAGCAUUGGUGAGUUUACCAUUGACAAAGGCACAAAUGUUAUCAUCAAUUUGUGGGCACUGCAUCACAGUGAGAAGGAGUGGCACCAGCCGGACCAGUUCAUGCCUGAGCGCUUCUUGGACCCAACCGGGUGCCAGCUCAUCUCACCAACAUUGAGCUACUUGCCCUUUGGGGCGGGACCCCGCUCCUGCCUAGGUGAGAUCCUGGCCCGCCAGGAGCUCUUCCUCUUCCUGUCCUGGGUGCUCCAGAGGUUUGACCUGGAGGUGCCGGAUGAUGGGCAGCUACCCUCCUUGGAGGGCAAUCCCAAGGCGGUCUUUCUGAUCAGCAACUUCAAAGUGAAGGUCAAGGUGCGCGAGGCCUGGAGGGAAGCCCAUGCUGAGGGUAGUGCCUAG